GUUUCGUAACCGAAAGCAAGAGACAAGACACGGGAAAUGCCGUGCCCGUGCCGCAACCCACCGAGUGAAGUACAGUACUCAGGUAGGCAAUUUCUUGGCGUGCGGCCGUUGACGAAAAGAACCGAGAGGCUUACCCAAUCCGUCCGUUCACGUCCCCAGGUCAGCCGCACGGGACCGGGUGGCAACGUCCCCGGCGGUGGCGGCGGCGGCGGGAUGAGAGCGGGGGCCGGAAGGGGGGUAGAGAGGUUGGGAGUGAGGGUGAGGGUGAAGAUGAGUGAGGAGACAGAGCCGUGCCGCACCCGUCAAACCUGGUUCCUUCCGAGCUGAGAGCGCGGGAUGGAUGGGGGCCGGAAGGGGGGGCAUACAUACAUACUGCAAUACUGCACGCAACUCCAUACUUUGCCGUGCUCGAGCACAGCGCAACGACCAAACCGGGUUGGCCAAGCAGGGCGAGGCGAGGCAGAUUUUCGCUUUUCUUGCAGCCAGCCAAGGCGGUCUUCAGCUCUCCCCCGCAUUGGUGCGCAAUCACGUAGUAGUCGAUACCGGUGGGUUGGAGCGUCGCCUCGGACAUAGCCCCCAACAUGGGACCAGGCCAGGCCAGCGUCAUGCUGCUGACAGGAUUGCGGCGGCCCAGCCCACGACGGCCCUUUCAGCAUUCCCUCCCGACUUUCUUUUUUCUCCGACGGCCCAUGUCAUUGUUAAGCAAGCAAGCAAGCAAGCUUCUAACCCUACCUGUCUUGGCCCAAGAUGCAUUAAACCCCCGGCCGGGGUGUGGGGUGUGGGAUGGUUAUGUAUCUGCCUGGCGCAGGCAGGCAGCCUCUCACCUCAUUAUACCCACUGGCCGUACUCCGAAGCAACUCCUCGGACUUUGACAGCUGCAACGCAAUCAAUCUUAUGGGACGCAAACAGGGUUCGCCCGAAACCUGACGCUCCGGCCGUCUUACCUCACCGUAACCUCUCCAGGCCUCAAGAGAGGAUCGGGGAAACAGAGCCAUGAACCCGUGCGGCAAAGAGUGCUGAGCUAGACAAUGGCCUCAACGGGACGGUGGCAGCGCAAACAACUAAGCAAGGCACCCGUAUAAAACACAAGGGGCGUUCGGGACAGAUGGUUGCCAUGGACAAUCCUUUAGUGUGUUGAAACGUGAUUUCAUCCGUGGUCGGCAGCUUUUGGCGUCAAGUUU